AUGCGUGCAGAAAGUCUGGAGCAGCCCGAUGUCCUUAUGACAACACUCAGGUAUGAGACAGCCCUUAACAGUGAGAACAGCAGCGGCCUGCAGCGGUUGGCCUACCACACCGUGAACCGCCGCUACCGGGAGUUCUUGAAUCUGCAGACCGGUCUGGAGGAGAAGCCAGAUCUACGAAAGUUCAUCAAAAACGUGAAGGGUCCUAAAAAACUCUUCCCAGACCUUCCAUUUGGAAACAUGGAUAGUGACAGAGUAGAAGCCCGUAAGAGCCUCCUGGGAUCAUUCCUAAAGCAACUCUGUGCCAUUCCUGAAAUCGCUAACAGUGAGGAGGUGCAGGAGUUUCUUGCUCUGAACACAGGUGCUCGUAUUGUCUUUGUCAAGAAGCCAUUCAUGGUCUCUAGAAUAGACAAGAUGGUGGUGAGUGCUAUUGUGGAUACCUUGAAAACUGCAUUUCCUCGCUCUGAACCCCAGAGCCCCACAGAGGAGUUGAGUGAGGCCGAGACCGAAAGCAAACCCCAGACAGAAGGCAAGAAGGCUAGCAAGUCCAGACUGAGGUUCUCAUCCAGUAAAAUUGCUCCAGCACUGAGUGUGACUGAAGCACAUGACAGGAUUCUCUAUUGUCUCCAGGAAGGAAAUGAGGAAUCAGAGAUUCUAUCCAUGUCUGGGAUGGAGUCCUUUAUUGACAAACAGACAAAGUUACUGGAAACACAGCCAGCAGAAGCCCCAGAAAAAGCUACUGAAGAAAUCCCCAGAGAAAAUGUGGACAGUUGCUUGUCAGAUGCAGCCAUGCCAGCCCAAGAUCUAAGUAACAGUGAUCCAGGGACGGAGACAGAGUUAGCUGACACAGCCCUGGAUCUGCUUCUCUUGCUGCUAACAGAACAGUGGAAAUGGCUGUGUACCAAAAACAUGCAGAAAUUCCUUCGUGUUAUCUUCGGGACCCUAGUUCAGAGGGACAAAGAAGCUAAGCCUGACGACCCCAUUCUCCUCCAGCUUGAACACAGAUGUGGUGCCUGUGGAACCAGCAGCCUUAUUGCACCCAUGACCCAGAAGCCUGAGCCUAAUGUUGAUGUUGAAGCAUGA